CUAAGUUAACGCUUCAUUUAAAAAAAAUCAUACAUAUACCACCUUUACUAAAUUGUUAAAGAUGGAGUGGGCAAGUCAGUUAUGCGAGAACAGACACAUUGGAUCCAAGAUGACCGACUCAAAGUACUUCACUACUACCAAAAAAGGUGAAAUUUUUGAGCUGAAAGCGGAGCUUAAUAGUGAUAAGAAGGAAAAGAAGAAGGAGGCAGUGAAAAAGGUGAUCGCCUCUAUGACUGUGGGAAAAGAUGUCAGUGCCCUCUUUCCUGAUGUAGUGAACUGCAUGCAAACUGACAAUCUUGAACUGAAGAAAUUAGUUUACUUGUACCUGAUGAACUAUGCCAAGAGUCAGCCGGACAUGGCCAUCAUGGCUGUCAACACGUUUGUGAAGGACUGUGAAGAUCCCAAUCCCCUGAUUCGUGCUUUGGCUGUACGCACCAUGGGAUGUAUUCGUGUUGAUAAGAUCACAGAGUACUUGUGUGAGCCUUUAAGGAAGUGCUUGAAAGAUGAGGACCCAUAUGUGAGGAAGACUGCUGCUGUCUGUGUUGCUAAACUUCAUGACAUUAAUGCCCAGCUGGUGGAAGACCAAGGGUUUUUGGACACUCUGAAGGACCUCAUCUCUGACUCCAAUCCCAUGGUUGUGGCAAAUGCUGUGGCAGCACUCUCUGAGAUUGCCGAAUCCCACCCUAACAGCAACCUGCUUGACCUCAAUCCCCAGUCUAUCAACAAGCUGUUGACUGCUCUGAAUGAGUGCACUGAAUGGGGACAGAUCUUUAUCUUGGAUUGCCUUGCAAACUACACACCCAGAGAUGACCGUGAGUCUCAGAGUAUCUGUGAGCGGGUCACCCCUCGCCUAUCACAUGCCAACUCUGCAGUGGUGUUGUCGGCAGUGAAGGUGCUAAUGAAGUUCAUGGAAAUGCUGCCCAAGGAUUUAGACUACUAUGGCACACUGCUGAAAAAGCUGGCCCCACCACUGGUCACCCUGUUGUCGGCUGAACCUGAGCUACAGUAUGUAGCCUUGCGCAACAUCAACCUCAUUGUGCAGAAACGCCCUGAAAUUCUCAAGCAUGAGAUGAAAGUGUUUUUUGUGAAAUAUAAUGACCCUAUUUAUGUCAAACUGGAGAAGCUGGAUAUCAUGAUCAGGUUGGCAUCCCAGGCCAACAUUGCACAGGUUCUGGCUGAGUUAAAGGAGUAUGCCACAGAGGUUGAUGUGGACUUUGUGCGGAAAGCAGUGAGAGCCAUUGGUCGCUGUGCAAUUAAAGUGGAGCAAUCAGCAGAACGUUGUGUCAGCACACUGUUGGACCUCAUCCAAACCAAAGUCAACUAUGUGGUACAAGAAGCCAUUGUGGUCAUUAAGGAUAUCUUCCGCAAGUAUCCUAACAAAUAUGAGAGCGUUAUUGCCACAUUGUGCGAGAACUUGGAUUCUCUGGAUGAACCCGAGGCACGGGCAGCCAUGAUCUGGAUCGUUGGCGAGUAUGCUGAGCGGAUUGAUAAUGCAGAUGAGCUACUGGAGAGCUUUCUCGAGGGUUUCCAUGAUGAGAGCACUCAGGUGCAGCUGCAGCUCCUGACAGCCAUUGUGAAACUCUUCCUAAAGAAGCCUACUGAGACACAGGAACUUGUGCAGCAGGUGCUAAGUCUGGCCACUCAGGACUCGGACAACCCUGACCUGCGUGAUCGUGGAUACAUCUAUUGGCGCCUGCUCUCUACUGACCCUGUGGCAGCCAAGGAGGUUGUGCUUGCAGAAAAGCCUCUGAUAUCAGAAGAGACCGAUUUGAUUGAGCCAACCCUGCUUGAAGAGCUUAUAUGCCACAUCGGCACUCUUGCUUCUGUCUACCACAAACCACCCAGUGCCUUUGUUGAGGGUAGCCGUGGUGUGCAGCACAAAAGGCUCCCUGCACGUGCUGGCUCAGGUGAGAGCUCUGAGAGCCCAGAUGUUGGUCAGCCCGGUGGAGCGGUGCCUGACACUCCUCCUGCGGUCAUCCCCUCUCAAGGCGACUUACUUGGCGACUUACUAAACCUUGAUCUGGCCCCACCGGCCUCUUCUGCUCCCACUGUGACCCCGUCCAUGCAAAUGGGUGCCAUGGACCUUCUUGGGGGUGGCCUAGACAGUCUGCUUGGCGGAGAUAUUGCUGGGAGUCCUGCGAUGGGAGCAGGUCUGGCAUCAGCACCUGCUGUAAUGCCAGCAUCUCUUGGUGCUCCUGUGAGCAGCGGACUGGAUGAUCUUUUUGACUUGGGAGGAGGUGUUGGUAUGCCAACAGGAGCUUUUGUAGUUCCAAAAACCGUAUGGCUUCCUGCAAUGAAGGCAAAGGGUCUUGAGAUUUCAGGCACAUUUGCUCGUCGUGCUGGAGUCAUGCAAAUGGAGGUCUCCCUCACCAACAAGGCCAUGAGUGUCAUGACCGAUUUUGCUAUCCAGUUCAACAGGAAUAGUUUUGGAUUAGCCCCUGCUGGGCCUCUUCAGGUCCUCACUCCCCUUAGCCCAAAUCAGACCACUGAGGUCAGCCUUCCCCUCAGCAACGUUGGACCUGUUAUGAAGAUGGAACCCCUCAACAACUUGCAGGUGGCUGUGAAGAACAACAUUGAUGUCUUUUACUUCAGCUGCCAGUACCCCAUCAGCACCCUUUUUGUGGAGGACGGGAAGAUGGAGCGUCAGGUGUUUCUUGCAACCUGGAAGGACAUACCCAAUGACAAUGAAACUCAGUACCAGAUAAAAGACUGCCAUCUCAACUCAGAUGCUGCAACCACUCGACUACAGAGCAGCAACAUUUUCACCAUCGCCAAACGGACAGUGGAGGGGCAGGACAUGCUGUACCAGUCCAUCAAGCUGACCAAUGGUAUCUGGGUGCUUGUUGAACUCAGAGUGCAGACUGGUAGUCCCACUUAUAUGCUCUCAGUGAAAUGCAGAGCACCUGAAGUGGCACAGCUUGUGUACCAGUGUUAUGAAAUGGUGCUGAAGAACUGAACCAGUUGUAAGAUUGAUCAAAAAUGACCUCACCAUUCAGCAUGCAAAGAAAAUUACUUGGCCCAUCCCUGCAUAAAUGUUUUCUCUAUGUUGCAGUGUACUCUGGCUUUUCAAACAUUUUAAUCUCUUGAUCACGUUGUGUUCUUUAAAACAAAUCAGGUUGUUCUUAUGAUUUUUAGACUUUUUUUUCUCUGACCAUGAUAUGCUAGUUUGAAUAUGCAAUUCCUUUGUAUUGUUUUUCACAACCAUCAAAAUCAGUGUUUCAUUUUUCCCUGUUUCCCCAUUUUAAGUUUGACAUAGUCAGUUGAUACAUAUAGGAUCCCACAUAUUCCUCAACACUUAGACAAUUUGGUAUUUAUGUUGUGCUCAAGUUUAACUCAAGUAAGUUGUUAUUGUGCAUGUUUUGUCAGCCUUAGUAUCGCUAGGGCCCCAUUUCCAUUUGAGCCUUUAGCUCUAAUUCAGUAGUAGGGAAAAUCCUUAGGGUUUUACUUUUAAAGGGACUGGUUUCCUUUUGGCCUUGUGAGAAACACUAAUAACUAUUAAAUAUUGUUUUUCAUAUUAUAUUUCCUUCUUGACCAUUUUGCAAUUUCCCACAUGUAACUGAAGUGUUUGUGUGCACUUACUUGCCAUUAUCAGUUUCUCAUUUUUGGAUAUUUGGAUACCAGACCUCCCCACCUCCUCACCUCUCCCUUUUGAGUCAUUCCAAUUUGUAUCCCUUAGUUUAUGUUCAUAUCAGAUAUGAUGUGACUACAGUAUAUUGGAAUUCCUGGGACAGGCCCUUCCAUUCCUGUUCUUGUGAAGACAAGGCACUACCUUUUUCACAAACUGUGUAGUAGGCUAAAAAGCACCAAUAGGCAACAAAGCAUCAAUGGAAUACAGCUCUUGACCUAUCAGUCAUAUUACAGAGACAGCCAGUGAAACGAAGAAGGAAACACAUACAACAUUUUCCAUUUCCUUUGGUUGUUUAGGUUCAAAGUAGAUGAGAUAAUACAAAACUUUUGGAUUUCAAUAUAGGAAUCCAAAGUAAAGGAAAUAUUGCUGUCUGGAAAUCCUCAAUAGAUAAUGUGGUCUGAAAUGUCCAUUAUUUUCAUGUUCUUUAUCUGUUGUGUGUAAUAAAGUAUGAAAUUAA